CAGCACGCCGCCGCGAUGCCGAGCGGCAGCUCCGCGGCCCUGGCCCUGGCGGCGGCCCCGGCCCCCCUGCCGCAGCCCCAGCCGCAGCCGCCCCCGCCGCCGCCCCCGCCGCUGCCACCGCCCGCGGGCGGCCCGGAGCUCGAGGGGGACGGGCUCCUGCUGAGGGAGCGCCUGGCCGUGCUAGGCCUCGAGGAGCCCAGCCCGGCGGAGCCCGGCGCUCCGGCGCUCCGGGCCGCGGCGGCGGCGGUGCAGGGCCAGGCCCGGCGGGCGGCGGGGCUGCCUCCGGAGGAGCAGGCUCCGCCUGGCGGGCCCGGGGCCGGGGAGGAGGCCGAGCUGGAGCUGGAGGAGGAGGGGGAGGAAGCGGAGCUGGACGGCGACUUGCUGGAGGAGGAGGAGCUGGAGGAGGGCGAAGAGGAGGACCGGCCGUCCCUGCUGCUGUUGUCGCCGCCCGCGGCCGCCUCCUCCCAGACCCCGCCGACCCCGGGCGGGUCCCUGGGGUCGGUGCUGCUGCCCGCCGCCGGCUUCGAUGCCCGGGAGGCGGCCGCGGCGGCCGCGGCGGCGGGGGUACUCUACGGAGGGGACGAUGCCCAGGGCAUGAUGGCGGCGAUGCUGUCCCACGCCUACGGCCCCAGCGGCUGCGGGGCGGCGGCGGCCGCCCUGAACGGGGAGCAGGCAGCCCUGCUCCGGAGAAAGAGCGUCAACACCACCGAGUGCGUCCCGGUGCCCAGCUCCGAGCAUGUCGCGGAGAUUGUCGGUCGCCAGGGUUGUAAAAUUAAGGCACUGAGGGCCAAGACAAACACAUAUAUCAAGACACCUGUUCGUGGUGAAGAGCCCAUUUUUGUUGUCACUGGACGGAAAGAAGAUGUUGCCAUGGCCAAAAGAGAAAUCCUGUCAGCUGCGGAGCACUUCUCCAUGAUUCGUGCAUCUCGAAACAAAAAUGGCCCUGCCCUGGGAGGGUUGUCAUGCAGUCCUAAUCUGCCCGGUCAAACCACCGUUCAAGUCAGGGUCCCUUAUCGUGUGGUAGGACUAGUGGUUGGACCCAAAGGAGCAACUAUUAAAAGAAUUCAGCAGCAGACCCACACAUACAUAGUAACUCCGAGCAGAGAUAAGGAGCCUGUCUUUGAAGUGACAGGGAUGCCAGAAAAUGUUGACCGAGCACGGGAAGAAAUAGAAAUGCAUAUUGCCAUGCGUACAGGAAACUAUAUCGAACUCAAUGAAGAGAAUGAUUUUCAUUACAAUGGUACUGAUGUAAGCUUUGAAGGUGGCACUCUUGGUUCUGCAUGGCUCUCUUCCAAUCCAGUUCCUCCUAGCCGUGCAAGAAUGAUACCCAAUUAUCGAAAUGAUAGUUCCAGUUCUCUAGGAAGUGGUUCAACAGAUUCCUAUUUUGGAAGCAAUAGGCUGGCUGACUUUAGUCCAACAAGCCCAUUUAGCACAGGAAACUUUUGGUUUGGAGAUACACUACCAUCCGUGGGCUCAGAAGAUCUUGCAGUUGAUUCUCCAGCCUUUGACUCUUUACCAACAUCCGCUCAAACUAUCUGGACUCCAUUUGAACCAGUUAACCCACUCUCUAGCUUUGGGAGUGAUCCUUCUGGUAACGUGAAGACUCAGCGCAGAGGAAGUCAGCCAUCUACUCCUCGUCUGUCUCCUACAUUUCCUGAGAGCAUAGAACACCCACUUGCUCGAAGGGUUAGGAGCGACCCACCUAGUACAGGCAACCAUGUUGGCCUUCCAAUAUACAUCCCUGCUUUUUCUAAUGGUACCAAUAGUUACUCCUCUUCCAAUGGUGGUUCCACCUCUAGCUCACCUCCAGAAUCAAGAAGAAAACACGAUUGUGUGAUUUGCUUUGAGAAUGAAGUUAUUGCUGCCCUAGUUCCAUGUGGCCACAACCUCUUCUGCAUGGAAUGUGCCAACAAGAUCUGUGAAAAGAGAACGCCAUCAUGUCCAGUUUGCCAGACAGCUGUUACUCAGGCAAUCCAAAUUCACUCUUAACUAUAUAUAUAUACAUAAAUACUAUAUCUCUAUAUGGACUCGUAAAGGCAUGGGUAUAAUGGUACCCCCCAGUAAACUUCCUAAUGAAUUCUUAUGACUGUUAUCAGGCUUUAUUGGGAUUAGGCUAAAGUUGUUAGUAAACUUAUAAAAGGCUGCUAUGGUAACACUAAACCUAAGUGGUCUCUUGUCUAUUAGUUUGGUUUGAAUUAUUAAUACUAUCCUGUAGACCCAGAGACAUAGCUUGUAUAAGAAUUGCUAAAGUUCAGCUUGGCUGAGUGAAGAUAAUCAUGUUAUGUCAGCCUCUGAAAAAAGUGUGUACUUCUAAGAUUUCAAAACCGAUGGGUCCCAAAGCCUAACCACAUUAAAAGUUUAUGGAGGGUACUUGGCAUUACAGAUGACUCAGACACUUCCAGUGCUGCCUUCUUUACACUGCCAGUUUUGACAAAACAGGUUUGUUUGUUUUUUAUUUUACAACAACUUAUGCCUAAUUCUGCAGGAUUGCAAGUAACUUUUUAAUGUAUUGUGAUUACUUAUUGGUAAGGAUAGGGCCGAUGGCAGUUAACUAGAUCACUGGUUAUAAUUCGGGACAAAAACUGCUACUACAUUGACCUUCAUCUCGCCCAGAGUGCUCAAGGCUGGUGUGAUCAGUGAAUCAGGAAUGCAGUUGUCUCGAUUGUGAAUUGCCUCCCUUGGGGAAUGUGGAAAUGGCCGCUUGUGUUUCCCCAUUUCAGGAGGGGUUUUGGGGUGCACCUAUUAUUGGCUAACAGUUGAGGAUGCGAACAUUCCAUUCAUUAGUCUGAUCAAGCAAUUAAUUUUUAGACUAGAUCAUAAUGUGAAACACUUUGUUUAAUCCAUAUUUGUCUUGCACAUUAUAAAUAUAUUUUUCUUUUUUAAUAAUUUAGGGGUGGAGGGAGGGAGCUAGGGAUAACAGUGCCCUGAGCAUAACUCACUAAAGCAGCUGUGACAACCUCCAGUCAGUUUACUUCAUUUCAAAACUAUUUCCAAUCGGGAAAGAUUUCUUUAAAAUACACUUUUACAUUUCACCUGUGGAUGUCUCGAACUUCAUCCUCGGUAUGUUCCCAAAUCUGUGCUGGCAUUGAAAGGACAAAACAUUAUACUAGUGGGUUUUUCUACUAAUUAUUUUUUGAAGCGUUAUUUUCCCAACUCAAAAGAGCUUUUUUUCUCGGUAUAAUGAAAAUUGAAAUCCUAUGUGUAUUGAAUAGUAAAUAGACAAAUUUUAUUUUUUAUUUCCACUUGAAGAGUUACAUUUCGUAUAAAAGUUUACAAAUAACGGUUUUUAUUUUGAUUUUUUCAGUAUAAAAAAGUUGCCUUGAUGGCAUAUUAUGAUGUAAUGCUAAUUGCUUGUAGGAUAGUUAAAUGUCAGUAUUGAAACCUAAUCUUUAGCUGCCGUCUUGUAGAUAUGAACGAAUGUUCACCAAGCAUGUAUUUUGUAUUUUAUUGCAUUGUACACUGCAACUAAUAAGCCAAGGAAUCGACAUAUAUUAGGUGCGUGUACUGUUUCUAAAAACCACAAACUUAAGAAUGAUAAAUUAUCAAUCUAGUUUAGUAUUUGCUAAUUUUACUACACUCUUUUGUUAUGUAUAUGUAGGGAAGUCAUAGGGAUUAUAAAUUCAAUUUGAGUAAAGUUUAAAAACCAUAUAUUUUAUGAUAAAGGGCCUUUAACUUAAGAUGGCCAAAGCACUGAUAUUAUAUAUUUGCUGUAAAGAGAAUUAUAAGAGUUUUAUUUUUCUGAUAUUAAAAGUUACUUAAUAAAGACUUGUUUCCAUUAACUUGAAUGUAUUCUCUGUGGUGUUUUUCAUCUAAUCAUGAACAGUGUAGGCGGGAAGAUAGCUGUGUACCAGAAUUAAGGAUUUCCUCUACAGAGUUUCCCUGCUCCCCACGUAGCUACCUACUUUCUUGUGACGAUUAUUUUCAAAAUGUGCUCUUAAAUGUGUCCCUUCUGCUCCUGUUCGAGGUUAGCUGCUUCUUUAAAUGAACAUUACAUUGUAAUGAAAGUGAGUGGAGGCUUAAGCUGGUUUUUUAUUUAGUUAUGUGUUUAUGUAGUUGACCACAAAUAAUCACUAUUGACCUAAUUGUAAAUAAAACAGUAAAUGGCUUUUUUAUACGGUGAUGCUAGCUAAGAUCCUGAAACCAAACUAGGUAGUGUUCUUUACUUAUACAUUUUUAUCUUUUUAUCACCAAACCUUUAAAACUUUUUGAAGGUGCAGGUUUUUAACUUUCAGUUGCCACUUACCCUGUGAAAGAUUUUGUGGUUGACAAAACUACUACUCCAUGAAUUAAACUGAUUUGAUGCUGACAGGAGUAACUUGCCAUUUUCCUAAAAUGGAGAAGCACAUUUCUGAGGUUCUUUUACGUUGUUGUUAUGGUGGUUGGUUAAGUGCUACAGCUGUUAGCCAAAGGGUCGGCAGUUCAGAUCCACCAGGUGCUCCUUGGAAACUCUAUGGAGCAGUUCUACUCUGUCCUAUAGGGUUCGUUUAAGUUGGAGUCGAAUCAACAGCAACAGGUUUGGUUUUGUCUUUUUUUUUUUUAAAGAAACUAAAAUUCUGUUUAUUCCUACUUCUCAAAGGUAUUACACAGCCAUUUAAGUCCUUUCAUUGUAGGUUUUGGACAAAUUCUUGGGCUGUGCUAGAAGACUGGAGUAUAUAGAUUCAGUAAUGGGAAAGCUCAUUGCCCUAGAAUUAGUUUGCCAGAAUUUGCUGUUUUUGGAAUCAGCCUCCCGAAGUAUGAAAGUUAAAUUAUUUGGGUGAUUACAGUAUUUACACAAUUCCAGCUUAGAUUGAAUGACCAGUGAAUACGAAUUUUAUUACUAUUGUACUUUAGAUGAAGGUUUACACAGAACAAACUAGCUUCUCAUUUAAGCAAUUAGUACACAUUGUUUUGUGACACUAGUUACCAACCCUAUGACAUGUCAGCACUCUCCCUCCUCAACCUUGGGUUCCUUAUUACCAGCUUUCCUGUCCCCUCCUGCUUUCUAGUCCUUUCCCCUGGGCUGGUGUGCCCCUUUAGUCUCAUUUUGAUUAAUGGGCCUGUCUAAUGUUUGGCUGAAGGGUGAACCUCAGGAAUGACUUCAUUACUGAGCUAAAAGGGUGUCUGGGGGCCAUAUUCGCAGAGUUUAAGUUUCUUAACUUUCACAUAAGGUCAAGAUCCUUCAGGGGACUACAUUGGAGCCUUGUUUUCAUUGCCCCAGAGUAAGCUAAGAAAUUGUCUAAAGUUAAUGUUGGCAAAACUGAUAAUAUCAGCACUUAUCCUAGCUCUAAGCCUGGAUCUGCCUUUCCUCACCUGGAAAAGCAGGAAAUUACUGGGGAAGAGACUGGUGUCACCAGGCAAGAGCAACACCACACUGGUUAAUCUGCAUCCUAAAUCAUCAAGAAUUAGGCAAUUCCUCACGAUAGUGGAAGGGCUUUCCGUUAAUCCCGUUUCGCAACCUGGGCUGCUAACCAAAAGGUCAGAGGUUCAAACACACCCAGUGGCUGUGGGAGAAAAGACCUGACGAUUUGCUCCUAUAAAGAUUGCAGCCUACACUAUGGGAGACAGUUCUACUCUGAACCGGAAUCAAGAGCACACAACAGCAAUUGUUAUUAUGGAUUAAAUUCUCAUCAGUGGACCCGUUAGCACAAAACCACUGGUUCCCAAUCUGCUACAUUUCCCCCUCCUUUAAAUUUCUACUUUUCUCAAUCCAUUUUAUGGAUAAUGGGUUUUUGUAAAAAAUGGUUUGGGGUUACCUAGUUGUGUUGUUUGUUCUUUUUCACUUAAUGUAUUGUGAACAUCUUUUCCAUGUCAGUAUAUUUCCACACAUAAUUUAAUGGUUGAAGUAACAAGUCUCUUAUGGCUAGCCCGUAACUUCACCUUUUGCUAUUACUGACAGGGAGUGGCAUUGAGAAACCUUAUACGGAGAUUCCAUUUAAUAAAGGUUAACAAUAGCUGUUCUGACUGACACACCUUCCUACUUGGAUCUCUCAAGUAUUCCUGUUAAG